AUGUCGUUGGUCGUGUACCUCCUCUGGACUCUGCUCAUCGGGUCUCUGGGAGGUCCGGCUCAGCUCGCGGUGCGGACUGAGGGUCUGAAACAGGUCCAGGCUGUGCAUGACGGGGACGCGCACCCUCCAUACUACCGCCUACCCGUGUUCCUGCAAUCGAGAGGACCACUGGUAGAUCGCAACCUGUUUCUGCCUGUUCCUUAUAAAAGACCUCUCCCAGCCGAAAUCACCGCGCUGCUUUUACCACAAACACCACCGCAGCGGAGCGUGCAGGGCACCGGGACACGCGCCGUGGAGGUGUGGUGCGGUGGCGAUCAGGUAGCUGUGCGCGUUGACCGUCUCCAGUUGAGCGCGUGGCCAGUUCCGUCCUUGUUCAGUCUGGGUUCGUGCGGAGUCAGCAAAGUCAGCCCACGGUACCUGUAUUUCCACUCCAGACUGACGGACUGUGGAGGAGAGGCGCAGGUAAAGACUAAUUUAACUGUUGUUUGAACAUGAACACACAUAAUUCUUAACAGAUAAUAGGUGUGCUCUUCUCGUAAAACCUACUACGCGUGAUCGAGUGGUUUUGUGUUGAUUGAACAAGUUAAAUGACAGCAGAUCAAAUCUGACAGUUACUGACAAGUGUAUGGGAAAUUUCCUGUUCUGUAUAACUUUAAGGUUUUAGAUUUUAAGGUCCUAUGAAACUUUCUAUCACUUCAUGAACUCAUUAAAAAAAAAAUCAACAACUUCAAAGGCCUGUUGACAUUACACAACAGCCAUCAGCUGAGCAGUUCUGUCUAUAUCAGCAUCAGUAUGGGCUGAUGAAAAACCUGUAUCAGUAAAACACUAUUUGUGAAAACUUUUUUCCUUACAAGAGGCCUGAGGUGCCAUGUCAUCUGCUGCUGUUGGUCUGCUGUGUUUUAUCAAGUCCAGAGUCAACUUGCCAGAAUCCAAAGUCAUGCCUCCAUCUGUUUAGAAGCUUCAUGGAGAUAUAGAUUUCCUUUUCCAGCAGGACUUUGCACCUGCACACAGCGCCAAAGCUCCUACCAGAUGGUCUACUGACUAUGAUAUUAACAGUAAUUUCAGCUUGGUUAGCUCUCCUGAGCAUAGACAAUCUGUGGUAUAAAGAUGACCCCAAAACUACAGAACAGCUAAUGGAGCUAAUAAAGCAACCUGGGCUUCAAUAACCGCUCAACAUACAGUAGCUGCAGGCUGGGUACGUCCAUGCCACAUCACAUUGAUACAAGGAUUCAGAGGAAAGGAGCCCAUACCAAAAACUGAGGGGAGAAAUGAACAGAGAGGCUAGACAUUUCUGUAUUUGAAAUACUCUCUGAUUGAUCUUAGGAAAUAUUCAAAUAAUUUAAGAUACUGGAUUUAUGAGCUAUUUUCAGGAGCUAAAAGCCAAAAUCAUCAUCAUUCAAACAUCAAAUAAAUUAAGUUUUUUCAUUUUACAUCUUUAGAGUUUGUCAAGAAAUGGAAGUUUACUUUUUCAAAUGAAGUACAGAAAAAAAGAUGAAUGAUAUAAGUCAUUAAGAUGCAUCAGUAUGAGGCCCCAAAAUAUGCGUAAAUCAGGGUGAGAGCAGGACUUCCAGUAGAAGCAUUUAGACUUAUUAGGGAUGUUAUUUUAAGGAUGUUGGCCUUUAAAUGUCAGUGAUGGAUCUGUUCUCUUUCACCCAGGUUGUUGGUGGUCAGCUCGUGUACACUUUCACUUUGUGUUAUACCCCUCCUUCUCAAGGCUUGGUCAUCAGAUUUGUGCCUCUGACACUUCCCAUAAGCUGCCAUUACAACAGGUAACUAUUACAACAGAAACCAACGCAACGAGUAAACCUAACUUUACAGUGUAUUAGGUCUGUCAGCAACAUUCAGAUCAGUUUGGUGUCUCUUCUGAAGCUUCUUUUCUGUAACCCAGAAUCCUAGAAAUAUGUCACCACUGAGACCUAGUGCAUGUGAAGAGAUGAGCACAUGAUGAAGUUUGAAGCAAAUGAUUUUUGAGUGUAAAUUUUAAGUUUCCUUUGCAUGCUGAAGAUGUAUAGUGACACUUUGGAUUGGAUUAUUGCAUUUAAAAAGCUUGUCUAUCUGCAGCAAGAAAAACCCUAAAAAAAACUCUUAAGGAGUGGUAUUACACUGAAAUGUCUUAAUUUCUGAUCUUUUUCUCUCUCAGGUUUCAUCACUCGUAUAAAGUUGGCUUCAGGCCUCAGGUUCAGCACAAAACGUUUCUGAAGAGCAUCAGAAGUAAACUCAGCUUCAGCCUCACCAUCUGCAAUGGUAACACACCUGUAGAGUUAUUUACUGUGUUUUUAAAGGGACAUCUAGGUAUUAUUAACACUUGGUUAGUAACAGGAUAGCAGCACAAGAAGUUCCACAUAAAAAAAACACACGCAGAAACACAAAACAGUUACAGGAUGCAAAACACAACAAUAAAUCAGCGUUCAGUAAGAGGACAUGUGCAUUCAGUACUCAAAAACUCCUUAAUUCUAGUUUAAAAAUGUGCCAUACUUGGCAGAUAAUCCAAUUUAAAAUAACCCUGUAAAUUACUUGGGUGUACAUAACUAAAAAAAGAAAUUCCAAUCUCUUACCAAUAUGGACGGAUUAAAGGACAGUCCCAAAAUUUAUGAUAGUGAUCUGCCAUUGAGUUACCACAUUUCCUCCAGCAUUCGUCCUGCCCUAACAGACCCUGCUGGUGGGACAGAAUGAAUGACUCAAAUGCUGAAAUGCUUUUUCACCAUCCAAACAACCAUGGCAGCACAGUUCAACAUCAACUCAUGAGUCUUAGGAUGUACAAGAAGGAAUCCAGCUAACCUGGUAUUAUUUGACAGAGGUUAAAUGAAAUCAUUAACUCCCCUGUGUUCACCGGGUGAUGAAAUAAAACUCAUAGAAAAGUGGAAUGACAUUUCCCCAACAGAGAUGGCAGCUGAUUCAUCUGCUCUGUUCACCCUUGCCGCAAAACUCUAAACAACCUUGCAGGAGUGAACUUUUUCAUCUUUAUACUGUAUCCCAACAAACUACAGCAAGAUGCCACAAGCAGGAUAAAAAAAAAGUCGUUUCAAAGAUAUUUUCAAGUUUCACUGAAACGGACACCAAAGUUAGCAGUGAUAGUAUUUUUUAUUCAUGUGUUAAAUCCGUUUAUUCCAUGCUUUAUCAUACGUUUGUUUGGUCGUUCAAAGCACAGUGGGAGCCCCUUCCUUCAGGUCACUGGUUCAUACUGGGGGAACCAGUGUAUUUCAUGGCCCAAACUGGAGCUCUGCUAGCCUCAGAGAGACUCAACGUGGACUUCUGCUAUGCCACCAGCUCCAAAGACCCAAACAGCCAGCCCAGAAUGGACAUCAUCGCCAACUAUGGGUCUGUACUCAACAGAAAUGUAGUCGCACCGGUGUUUUUAGUCUCUGCUCUGUCUGUUUCAAAGUCUGACUGUGUUUUCUGCAGCUGUAUGACAGACAGCAGGAGGGAGGGCAGCAGUUCCCACUUCAUGUCUGCAGGGGGUGCAGUGGUCAAGUUCGCUGUGGACGCCUUCCUCUUCAAAGCAGUCUCACAUGUAAGACAAAAAAGUAAUCCUGAUGCCCUUCCUGUUUUUAUAACCCACUGUCCACAAUUUCUCAAACUGAGAUCUUUCUUGUUUUAUGUACUUUUAUUUCACAUUGUUUAUUUCCAGGAGCUGUAUCUCCACUGUUCAAUGUCAAUCAGUCUUAUUACAUCUGCUUCUGCCAAGUCCUGCAACUUCAACAGGGCAGCUGGCAGGUGAGCUUGAAGUCCCAUUUAGAGGAACCUUUGGAGACGUGGAUGUCUUAAAACCAUGUGGCACAAAGACACAUCACCAUGAUAUGUCAUGCCACCAAUAAUUUUGAUAUGGAAACAACAGCUUGGGUGAUGUUAUAAUUUCAUAUUUUUUACUUUAAAAUCUGGUCUCCAGUCUCUGAAUAUCUGAUCCCAGUAGACUUGAAAGGUUUUGGAAAUGGAAAAAAAAAGUCAAAAAUUUAUGAACCUACAGCUGUUUUGGUCAACACUUUAUGGCUGACAUGCAGUAUCCUUGUGGCCCACAACAGGGCCUUGGCCAACAAUUGCGUAUUUGUUAUAUUCCAUCAGUGUCGUGUUCAAGCUCUGUCUGAAUGUACGCUCCCUCACCCACUGGAGGCAUGUUUAGAGUGUAGCAACAGCGCCGUAACGCCCUCUUUGCUGUUUUUCCUAAAAAUUAUCUUAAGCCAAUCAAAAAUGCUGCAGCCAGUGUUAACAGGGAACAAAAGAGUAGAACAAAUAUAGACCUGUACUGAAAAAGUCUUCAUUGGCUACCAGUCAAGCACAGAGGUGAGUUUAAAACACUUCUCCCCAGCUGACAUUAGUGAGCUAAUUCAAACUUACCUGACACUGCUAACUUUCUAAAAAGCCAACACCCUGAUGUUUUUACUCAGCUGCUCAGGUAUGGUGUCUCUUUCAGUAACUCUCCUAUUGUCAAAAUCAAAGGAGCUCACACACAGCUACUGAGUUGGUUUCCUCAAACUUGAAGCGUUAUGAUCACAGAGGAGAAAAUCCCUCUUUCCCUGGGAAGAGAUAAGAUCAUAAGGUCACAAACACAAACACUGGACUGUCUUAUGCAGCUGAUGAUCCUGGUACUCUUCCUUUGAGUAAAUAUUUUUGUUUCUACCAGUCACUAUAAAAUGUUUUUAUGGCACAACUAUUCCUGUUUCCCAAAAAGUCAGAAUUAUCAAUUUUUUAAGUUACUUUCUUAAAUGUAUGUGUAUGUGUUUGACUUGUAUAGACUGAGACAAUGCCUUAUCCUUUCUAAAUGAAGUCUAAUGAUGAAUUGAAAAGAUGCACGCUGUCAGACAUCACUGCUUUGUGCAAUGCAGGUGGGAGGAGCUGGAAACCACGCCCUCAGUCUGCACCUGCUGCGACUCCUUGUGUACUGAUGGUCAGGAUGGUAGGCUCAGAACAUGUUUCUACAAAUCAUACAAGCAGGAGGUUCACUAAAGAAUCACACUAAUGACUAGUUUAAGAGUUGGUUCUUGACUUUAUUCAUAGAACUAGAUGGUUUAUACAUGUGCACUGUUAUUUUCUGCCAGGGGAGACCAUUUGGAAAAAUAGGUUUAAACACAUUAUACCAGGUAGCCAUGGUUACAGGAUCAGGGCACGUCUUAUUUAUUUUUACUUUUUAGGACCAUUUGGGCUGCUUUUGUUUUCUUCUAUAGUGCAUGCAUUUAAUGAAAUAACAGGAUCAUGCUGUUGCAGUGAAGGCAGUUAAUCAUCAUGAACAGCAACCUCUAGUCCAUGUGUUGAUCGAAAUGUAGAGAAAAAGACUUAACGUUGUAUCUUGUCUUCAAAUGUCUUCUUUUCCUGUCUCCUUAGCUGUCCCGAGGACAGUCAGCAGCCAGGGCUGGUUCAUAGGACAAAAAAGCCAAGGAAAACCAAGAAUGAGGGCGAUCUCUUUCCAAGCAGAGGAGGGGAGAGAAUGGGAGGAUCCGAUAGAGGAGGAGACGACAGAUAAAAGGAUGGAGGAGAUGAUUAAAGUCCGUAGUUUCCCUCCCUCAGAGAUGGAAAUUAUAGGUGACAAAGAGAAAGAUGGGUCAGCUCCUGCUGAGAGGAAAAAGUGGAGGAGCAGUUCUGUGGCUGACCAGCAGGAGGUUGAAGAGGAAGACAGACUGAUGACAGAAUCCGCAAAAGAAGGAAAUGAGACGAUUCUUGGUACAGAAAGAGUCCAAAGCAGUAGUGUUAAUGCCUCUGAAGAAGCUUCUGGAAACAAAACUGUUAAAGCAAGAAACUCCACUUCUGAUUAUUCUGACCCAAGUCACCGCGGUUCAGUUGGAAAUGUUUCCACAGCAGUCACUUUUUGUUCUGGUGGUAAUAACACCAACUGCAGUGAUGGUUCUGCUGUUAGCGCUGUUACCCCAUCAAAAGAGAGAGAUACAGCUAAUAUUACCAGAUCUGGUUCUGGUUGGGAUUCAAGUGUUCAACAGAGUCCAUUUGGCAGUGAAUUUCAUACCUUAGUCAGAUCAGAGCAGGUCGAGUCAGUUAAUAGAUCAGCAGACACCAAAUCAGAGCAGGUACUAGAGCCAGCUAGUGGUUCUGCUGCUGUUCAUAGAUCAGGUGUGGAUGAUGAAAUGCUUCAUAGUCUACAAAUCAGAGGGUUAGAACCAGAUCAAAUUAGGGAUCCAAUUAGAGGGGUAUUUGGUGAUUCUGGUUUUGAUUCUGGACGUGCAGAAGGUGGAACUCUUCAUCUGGGUCAGUUUGUCGCAGUAGAGAAAUCUGCAGGACCACGCAGUGCCAGUUCUGAUUCUGCCGGAUCAAAGUUCAUGCAUCAGAACAGCCCAGGUUACUCCUCCGUGGUAACAGUGACUGACUCUCUGCAUGACGCUGAGCGCAGCGACUGGUUCAACAGGGCUUGGGCAGAGGGAUGGAAUAUGAAGAGGUUAUGGUUCAUGAGGAACCACCAGACAGACCUGGAUGACUUCUAUUAG